UUAGGGAGAGGAAGUGGAUAAUUCUCUCAAUUUUGUUGUGGCACUAAAAAGAAAAUUACGAAAAAAUUACAAAAAGAAAAUGAAUGUUCCAAGAAUUCCUGAGUGCAAAGUGCGCGCGGUCUUCUUCAAUUCUCAUAUGCUCUCUCUUCUGUGAAGUAUGGCGCAAUUUACGCUUUCAUCUCCUUGUGAUCUAAAAUGGAAGAAGAGCGUUCAAAAAAACCUUUCCAGUAUACUAUUCAAGUUCAAGUGGAGCUUCUCUGGAGAGUAGUUUCCCAACUAAUCAGAAAUCAAAAUGAAAAAGGCCUUCGAUCAAACUAUGAGGGAGAUAAAGCGGGAGGUUAACAAGAAAGUUCUUAAAGUCUCUUCAAUAGAACAGAAGGUGCUUGAUUCCACUACAAAUGAGCCAUGGGGUCCACAUGGAUCACUUCUAGCUGAUAUUGCACAGGCUACUAGAAACUACAAUGAUUAUCAAAUAAUAAUGGCUGUCAUUUGGAAGAGGAUCAAUGACACUGGGAAAAACUGGCGACAUGUUUACAAGGCUCUAACUGUUCUAGAAUACUUGGUGGCACAUGGGUCAGAACGUGUCAUAGAUGAAAUCAGGGAACAUGCACAUCAGAUAAAUACGCUAUCCGAUUUUCAAUAUAUUGAUUCCAGUGGCAGAGAUCAGGGAAGCAAUGUUAGAAAGAAAUCUCAGUGUCUUGUAGUUUUAGUAAAUGACAAGGAAAGAAUGCAAGAAGUUCGUCAAAAGGCAUCUGCAAAGCGAGACAAAUUCCGCAGCGUGUCAAUGGGUAGUGUGACUCAUCCCAGUUCGUAUUCAAGUAGAAGAGGAUACGAUGAAGGUCGUUAUGGAAGUAAAGAUGAUGAUCAAAUUGGUUAUUGGAGGGAAAGAGGAUGGAGCCCCAAAGAAAGAUAUGACAGAAGUUAUGAUGAAGGCGACAACAAUUAUGCAUAUAGUGAUAGCGAUUAUCGUGGAAGUGGAACAAGCCAAAGCAUGUAUGAAUAUAGUAAUGGCACAAGAAGUAGAAGCUUUGACGGAGGGAGAGAAAUUGCAUGUGACGGCAGUGGUCAACAUUCAUCAAGAGGAGGAGGUGCCAGAGCUGAGGAGUGCCCAGAAAAUGAAAGCAAUCAACGGCUUGAGAGGAAAUUUUCAGAACAGAACCUUGCUCCUCUAAGUACGGAGGAGGCUGUUGGUGCACACACACAUAAUGCUGGGUAUUAGAUGUGGAAACUUCACUUGUGCCUGAUGCAAGUACAGUUCAAGGCAUAGGUGCACCAGAAAACAAUGAGGUUGUUGGAUUGAGUGAGAUUGAUCCCCAUGUUUCCUUGCCAGCAGAAGCAGCGCAUGAUGCCACUAGUACUGCUGUGGGCCCUGAAAUUGAUUUACUUGGCUCUCUAGUUGAAUCAUUCUCUUCCAACCCACUAGCCCUUGUACCGGCUGGAUCACUUACUACAGCUUCACAGGGCCUUGAGGAUCCCUUUGGUGGUGAACCCUUUAAAGUUAUCCCAUCUUUGAAUGGCAGAGCUGCUCAACCUCUUGAAUCUGUUCCUUCAUCAACUCAAAAUCUUGAUGUUCCUCAACCAGCAGCAUCUCAUAUCUCCAGCCAGGAUAUUGACAUAUUGGCUGAUAUUCUCCCACCAUCUAGGAGUGUUUCACAAAGUGAGCCACCAAUCCCGAAUUACCCAAUUGCAUUUCUACCUCAAUCUACCCAGCAAGCCCUGCAUAUACACCUUGUAUCUCAUCAAAGCGGUCUGACUGCUCAGCAUGGCUGGUUUCCAUCUCAUUCUGGUCAGGCAUCUUUGAUGACAGGUUUUGCUGCUCAACCUGGGCAACAGUUGUUACAGACCAGUUUUCAAACUACUCAUGUUGAUUCAGGAAUGUGGUUUUCUUCCCAAACCAACCACCAACCUCCAUCUUUGGUAGCUAUUCCAGCUCAAGCUGGUUUCGUUGGAGGUUAUAAUGUACCUGCCGGACCUCCACACUCAUUUCCACACUCGAUGAGUAUACAAACUGGAGCAACAACUACAAAUGAUCAUAAUAAUUAUAAUAAUGCUCAGAGUUUUAUCUCACAUUAUCAUGGCGCCCAAGUGCCUUCACAAAUGUCGGUUGCCCUUCAAUUUCCAAAAACUCAAACAGCAUCAACUGUCUCCCCUUUAGCCAUUCAGCCUCUUUCUCAGCCAGCCAAAGAAAAGCUUGAGAUAAAGUCAACUGUUUGGAGUGAUACACUCAACCGUGGACUGGUCAAUUUGAACAUUUCUGGGCCUAAAACAAAUCCAUUAGCCGACAUUGGGGUGGAUUUUGGGGCAAUGAACCGCAAGGAAAAGCUAAAGGUUAAUCACACCAACACCACAGGGACACCAAGUGUUAUUACAAUGGGAAAAGCCAUGAGGUGUGGUUCUGGUAUGGGCCGUGCUGGUGUGGGUUCUCUUAGACCUCCACAAACAAUUCAGAUGGUAGGGGCUCAUACAGGAGCAGGAAUUUCCAUGGCCAGAAGCUACAGAGGACUAAACAACCAAACAAUGGGUAUAGGAAUGAGUAGGCCAAUGCAGCUGCAGCAGAUUCAACAACCUACUACAGGCUUUCCUCCGGGUCCAAACGUAGCUGGAGGAGGUUACUAUCCUCUUCCUGGAGCUAGGAAUUGUGGUCAGUUUGGUGGUGGAUACAGUUGAGGUGCAAUCAACCUUGGAUUAUGCAAAUGCUGUCAUGCUGUGGACUUGCAGGAUCCGUUUGGAAGUUGGGAAAACACAAGAUAGGGGAGAAAAGGAGAGAAAUACUGGUGUGCAAAAGUUAGUGGAAAUAAAGCUAGGGUCAAACUUUUUUUUUUCUCUCCAAGAAAACUCACUUGGUGUUUUAUCGUUUCGAUAGAGUAUGCAUACAAGUAAGAUUGUUAUUCAUUUAUUUACAUGUAUAUUGGGCUUUAGUGCUUGACUUAUAUAUUCUAUUCAUUCCCUAUUUGAAGGGGUUACUAAUAAUGAAAGUAUAGAUGAUUCUCCAGCAACUUUUUUAUAUAU